GAGUGUGCCUGUCACAGCCUGUCACUGUGGGCUGGGUCUUGGGAAGGACAGGCAUGAUUUUACAUCAAGAUCAUCAGUAAUUCCAUCAAGAGUGCCAAGUUCCUAUAGCUUAGCUUACAAAACAAAAUAGUAAUAAUAAAGGUAAAUUCUGAGUUGUGUUUCUGCAGUCCCGUUUUUAGUUCCUGUGAGUCAGAGCGUCUCACUGCAGUGUGACCACUGGUGCAGAGGACGUUGAUCUGUUUCGGUUUGGUUUGGGUUAUUUCCUGGGGAAUCUCCAAAAACAAAAAUCCUGCAUCUGAAGACUGACCCUGAGCUGUGGGUGGGCGGGCAUCUCUGGGCUGGGUGCUUUUUGUACUUGUCCCGGUGUUGGGGGUAGCGUGUCCUGCAGUAGAUGUUCACCUGGUGCUUGCUGCUGCUCUAAAGGAUGUGAUGUAUGGUCUCACUGCUCCUUUAGUUUCAUUCACUUACUCCGCAAACUUUGAGCUGCUGUCUGCUCUGCUGUGAACUGAGUGAGGCAGAGCCCUCCCAGGGGGUUCAGGAAGGGCUUCGGCGAGAGGGCGACAUGGCCAGAUGUCAUCCAGUGGGCAGGAGCCACCCAGCAGAGGGGAGGCCUGGGCAGGGGCUGGAGGACAGUCACUAUGUUCCCUCGGUUGGGCCGGGCAGGACCACUCUGCCAUGGGGCCAGGUCCUUGGCGCACACAGAGGCUGGAUCAGGACUGGGGUGUGAACGGCGAGGAGGAAGUCUCCUUCAGGAUGGGGAUUGGAUGCAGGUGUGCAGACCAGCUGGGGCCGAAGUGGGGCUCGUUGCUGGGUGCUAAGUGUCUGAGGUACUAGAGGACGUCCAUGUGGAGAUGUCCAGUUGGAGGACAGGAUUGCCAGCUCAGCACCAAAAAAGGAGCCCCUGGACUCACUGAACAUCCAGGCUGUAUGAUGGCCACUCCCAGUGCCCUGUAUGUAGUGAAUGUGGAGCAGGAGGCAGCUCAGGUGCACAGACACUGAGUCAGGAGGCAGCAGGAGCCGGCCUGGCCCACGCCUCGUGGCCGCAUGAGCCAACACCUCCUGGACCAGCUGUACUAGCCGCCAGCACCCCUUGAGGAGGCCCUGAAUGGGAUUCCUCUUGGUGUUCUUUGUCUGACCCUGGCCCAGGUGUUGUCAGGCCAUGGUGCAGAUGGCUGCCUAUCUCUGCCAGGUUCCCAGGGCACCAAGCUGGAUUGUUCACGAAGGUUCCGACACCUGGCCACACGGACCAUUCCCUGUUGUUUCAAAUUCCAUUCUUGCCUGUCACCCAGCGUCACAUUUUCAGUCCCACAGUCUCCUCCAAUUUCCGUCUUCCUCGAAGACCCGAGGGGACCAGGUGAUGGCAGCGGCCGGGCUCCUGCCGCCACUGGCGGGACCCCAGGCCAAGGUGACCUUCGAGGACGUGGCUGUGCUCCUCUCCCAGGAGGAGUGGGAUCGCCUGGGCCCUGCUCAGAGGGGCCUCUACCGACAUGUGAUGAUGGAAACCUACGGGAACGUGGUCUCCCUGGGACUUCCAGGAUCCAAGCCCAGGGUGAUCUCCCAGCUGGAGCGAGGAGAAGAGCCGUGGGUCCUGGACAGGCAGGGGGCAGAGGAGCACAGGGGCCUGGGCAGCGAGCACUCAGGCGGCCUCACGUGUGACCACAUGACGGCUUGUGUGCAUCAAGACAGUUCGUCCUGUCCAUGGGGAUGUGAAAACAAGGAGCAGAACCAAGAUGGAGACUUGCGCCUGAGGCCGCUCACCCCAGAGGAAACGUCAGCGAUUGUGGGGCAAGCCCCAGCCAAGUGGGCGGAGGAGGGAGGUUGCAAACCUGAGCAGAGCCUCUGCCCGAGCCCUGGCCCUGCCGCGCCCCCCGAAGGCCAGGCCCCAAGGCCCUACAGGUGCGUGGAGUGCGGCAAGUGCUUUGGUCGGAGCUCCCACCUCCUCCAGCAUCAGAGGACCCACACCGGGGAGAAGCCCUACGUGUGUGGUGUGUGUGGCAAGGCCUUCAGCCAGAGCUCCGUGCUCAGCAAGCACCGGAGGAUCCAUACGGGCGAGAAGCCGUACGAGUGUGACGAGUGCGGAAAGGCCUUCCGGGUGAGCUCGGACCUUGCCCAGCACCACAAGAUCCACACGGGUGAGAAGCCGCACGAGUGUCUUGAGUGUGGCAAGGCCUUCACUCAGCUCUCACACCUCAUCCAGCACCAGCGCAUCCACACAGGCGAGAGGCCCUACGUGUGCGCACUGUGCGGCAAGGCCUUCAACCACAGCACCGUCCUGCGGAGCCACCAGCGCGUGCACACCGGGGAGAAGCCGCACGAGUGUGGGGAGUGUGGCCGCGCCUUCAGCGUGAAGAGGACGCUCCUCCAGCACCAGCGGGUCCACACCGGGGAGAAGCCCUACACCUGCAGUGAGUGCGGCCGCGCCUUCAGCGACCGCUCCGUCCUCAUCCAACACCACAACGUGCACAGUGGGGAGAAGCCCUAUGAGUGUGGCCAGUGCGGCAAGGCCUUCAGCCACCGCUCCACCCUCAUGAACCACGAGCGAAUCCACACCGAGGAGAAGCCCUACGGCUGCUACGCGUGCGGCAAGGCCUUCGUGCAGCACUCCCACCUGACGCAGCACCAGCGCGUGCACACCGGCGAGAAGCCCUACGUGUGCAGCGAGUGCGGACAUGCCUUCAGCGCCCGCAGGUCCCUGGUUCAGCACGAGAGGAUCCACACGGGCGAGAGGCCCUUCCGCUGCGCGCAGUGCGGCAAGACUUUCAGCCUGAAGGCCACGCUGAUCGUGCACCUGCGGACCCACACGGGCGAGAGGCCCUACGAGUGCAGCCGCUGCGGCAAGGCCUUCAGCCAGUACUCCGUGCUGGUCCAGCACCAGCGCAUCCACACGGGCGAGAGGCCCUACGAGUGCGGGGAGUGCGGGCGCGCCUUCAACCAGCACGGGCACCUGAUCCAGCACCAGAAGGUGCACCAGAAGCUGUGAGCUCGGCCACCUGAGGGGCCCACUCAGAAGCCCGGCCCCGGCCCGGAGCCCCCAGCCCCUCCCGAGGAAGCCGUUCUUGGGUGAGUCGGUGUCGCAGAGGCUCAGGCUGGGGAAGCACUGGCCCUGUUGUCUCUGCGGAAGCUUGAGGGGGUGCCUCUUGUGUUUUUCAACAUCCUGAAGCUGCACUACAGAGUAGUCACCCCUUGGUAGCCAGUUUUGGUUAAGACAGCUACAGUUCACUGUUCAGCAUUACUUAACUGGAAGUGAGAAACUACAGGAAGUUAAGGCAUACGGAUGGCUGUCACAACACAACUUCCUUACACCUCAGAGUUUUUUUCCUUAGGACAUUAUGACUGUUAGAAUUAUUGGACCUAAAGUUAGAACGUGGGCCUAUUUUCAGUGUUAUGUUAAACACUGAAGUGCUGUGUGGAUAAGAUGACAUAAAAAAAAGAUUGUCACCACAUGUCAUGUAAUACGGCUAGAAAUCCUAAGUGUGUGUGGAACCACUUGUUUUGUAUGAAAAAGGGGGAAAGUGUCAAGAUUAAUCAGUGCAAAGUGAUGUAAACUUAGCUCUUUACCUGGUGCUUUAACUUUAUUCAGGAUCAGAGGGAUGUCCUAACUUACGCAUGAAAAUUUAAAUCAAAAAUGGGUCUUUUUCUCAAAACUCAUCAUGACCUGCAGACCCUGUGCACAUAGCCGUGGGAUGUGCAGGCUUCUGGGCCCACGUGCACACAGGAAGGGCCGGCACACUCAGACACUGGGCCUCAGAGCUGCUGCACCGACCAGGUGCCUUGAGACGUUAUGGUGUUUCCCAAAAAUGUUACUGAAAAGA